ACAUCACGUUUCUCCCGACUUGACUGAUAACAAAAAAGAUACAUUUUGCAUUCUAGCGCUAAAACACAGGUCAUUUGCGUUUGUGUCUUGAAAUACAGGUGUAAUAAGUCAAUAUGGCAGAAGGUAAGAAAUUUUCUUGCGAGAAGAACCCUGAACCUAUAACAAUGGAAGUUUCUGAGAAGGAUUCAGUCAUCAACAACUCUUCUGACGACGACAGUGACUUCGACAUGCGUUGUGACAUAUGCGACAAAUCGUUCUCUGGGGUCACACCAUACGAGCAACACAUUAAAAGCAGAAAGCAUGCCAAGGCAGCUAAGCGACAGCGCAUGAAAGCUAAGUUGAUGGACGCAGAAACUGAUGAAAAUACGAAAGUGGAUAUCGGUAAGUUAGCUUCAUUUGAGCCGUAUGAAACAUGCGAUCCUUGUGAGAAGGAAUUUGGAGGACCAGAGGCGUAUCAGCAACACUUAACUAGCAAAAGCCACAAAAGGAAAUUGGUGGAACAUGCUGUACUAGAGCUAGUCAAGGAAGCUGGCAAUGUGAACAUGGAUCUUUUGAAGGAGAUGUACAAGCUGAGUAGCGUUAAGCACACAGUAAAAAGUGAUAGCCAUGCACACAAUGAUAUAUCAAAUGAAUCGACUGAACAUGUGCCAGGCUCGGCGCACGACAAAUCUUUCGAUGAUUUAAGCGAAGAUACAUACGAAUGCAAACCUUGCGGAAAUGUUUUUACUGGUCUCGCCCCAUUCAUCCAACAUUUAAAAAGUAAGCGACAUUCUAAGGUGGAAAAGGAGAUGGAAUUCUAUGAAAUGCUAAAAUCAAAUUCAACUGGAAGAAUCAAAAGUUUACCUAUGUCAGAAAUAGGAAAGCUAAUGUCUAGUCUGCAGAUUGUUGACGGUAUUAUUACGUGUGACUUAUGCAAAACUUCAGUCAGUGGAUAUGAAAGCGCCGUAAGUCACGUGAAAGGACAGAGACAUUCCAGAAAACUGGAAAAUCAAAAAUGGAAAAAGGAACACAAAAAUAAAGCUUCCAUCGGAGAAGGAGACAGAAGGGGUGAACCAUCUUUUUCGAAUCAGGAUACUCCGCUGCCCAAGAAAUCCGAAUCUGAAAAAAGUGACACCGACGAGGCAAAUGAGAAUAAUUCCACUAAUUUCAAAACUGAUGAAAAGCAGUUGGUGGGAAAAGAAACCUCCCUAUAACUUACUGUAACCAGCAGGGCAGAUGUUUAGGAUGAAAAUAAUACCACCAUAUGGGCUGAAAAUAUUAAUUUGUAACUGAUAUUGUUAUUUAACUCACUUAUAAUAUAUUUCGUGGUCAAAAAGAGUAAGUUAACGCAAUUCAUUGUUUUCUAUCAAGUGCAACUAAUCUAUGCACGUUUAUAAAUUCUGAAAAGGUAAUUAGUCACUUUCUUUUUUACUUUAAUAUAAGUCGUAAAAACGUUUUCUGCAUUCUAUUUGUUUAAAUACUCUAUAUUUCUGUGCUAGUCAAAGUUAUGUCUUCUGUUUGCUGUUACUAGUAUUUUGUACGAAAUUGAUUAAAAAAUG